AUGGAGAACUCACAAUACGGAACAUGGGUCGAGCUUUUCAAGAUUCAUGCUCGUUCUCACAAGGUCCUUCAUCACAUCAUUCCUCCACCCACAGGUAAGGAGAAGCCGGCUCCCAAAACUGAUGAGGAAGUCGAAUUAUGGACGACCAUUGACGCCACCGUGCUUCAACGGAUAUAUUCGACAAUUUCGAAUGAUCUGUUAAACACCAUCAUUGAACCUGACGCUACUGCCAUGGACGCUUGGGUUCGCUUGCGUGAUAUAUUCCAAGAUCAUCAAAACUCUCGUGCGGUGACUCUUGAACAAGAAUUCACGACGACUCGUAUGGAGGAUUUUCCCAAUGCCUCCGCCUAUUGUCAACGUCUAAAGAGCCUUGCGGAUCAACUGAAAAACGUCGGGGCUCCCGUGACGAAUAGCCGCCUUGUCCUUCAACUGGUUUCGGGUCUCACUGAAGCGUACAAAGGGGUUGGGACACAAAUUCGCCAUGCUAAGCCUCUCCCCCCAUUCACAGAGGCUCGGUCUUCCCUUGUUUUGGAAGAACGUGAACUUGCGGCAAUGGUGUCUCACGGGUCUGGUUCGGCUAUGGUUUUCUGUGAAGGAUUUUUAGACGGGGAUGGCACUACCGCGGUGUGA